AGGGGCAGAGAAAGAGGAGUCCGGGCGCCUCGCUGAUUCCUGGUUUGACCACGCCGAAAAAGCGCGGCCCUCCCUUUGCCUGCAAAACCUAGAGCGCGAAUGGCGGACGAAUGGCACUGUGGGCGGUCACUUGGCGCCCCUCCUCGUGCGGCGUGUGUUGGUACGUCCCAGAGGCAGAAUGGCUACCGCGCUAGUGCGAAGUUCUCAGCGGAUCCUGCGGGAGACGGUCUGCCCUGCUGCGUUGGGGCCGCGCGCCGUCGGGGCGUUCGGUUGCUGGAGCUUCCCGCAGCAAGCAAAGCGCUGUUUGUUAACUGAUAAUAUUGUGCAAUUACAAGAAUUUCAGCAGAAGAAGCUGGAAGCUGGAUUUAGCAUACAAGGCAAAAAAGAUGAAUAUUUCAGAACAAUUGAAAAAAAGUUGACAAAAAAUAGACUAAUUUUCAAAGAUGAAUUGAAAACAGUACUACAUCUUUGCCAAACAAGCGAUGACGUUGAGCUAGCCAAAAAAGUUGUAUACAGGUACCAUGCCGAUAACAGAAAUGUGUCCUUGGAGUUCAGAUUUGGCCCCCUUUUUAUGAGACUUUGUUAUGAACUGAACCUUGAAUCAACUGCUUUAGAACUCAUUAAAGACAAGGCGCUGCAUGGCUUCUUUGCAGACAGCACAUCAUUCAAUAUUUUGAUGGAUAUGCUAUUUAAGAAUGGUCAUUAUGAAUGUGCUUUGGAGGUGCUGUUAGAAAUGAAGAAUCAAGGUGUAAGAUUCAACAGUGAGACCUACAUACUUGCAUUUGCAGUGUGCUACAAACUGAACAGCUCGGAGUCUUGCAAAAUUUGUACUACAUUACUUGAAGAGGCACAGCUCAAAGGAGAACAGUUGCCAAGAAGAGCACUCUGCUUUGCAGUAGCAUCUGCUCUGAAACAGAAUGAUGUCAUGAAAGCCCAGUCCUUUUAUUCUCAGAUCAUGAGCACAGAAAGUAGGGUAUGCUCUAAUCUGAAAAUUCUUCUUCAGGUGGCAUCUGGAGACCUAGAAGGCCUUGUUAAAUCACUGGAAGCCAUUUCAAAAACCAGAGCUUCAGUUUGUGUGAAAAAACCUGAGUUCUCAAUAUCAGUGUUGUCCACAGCCAGGGAGAAGCUGGAGAAUGACCCAGGCCUUUGUGUCCGGUUUGAAGAAACAUUUGCCAAGCUGCAAACCUUGGGACAGCUAACACCUCUGACUCUGGAUGACCUGCUUUGUCGGACCCCACACACAAAGAUGCACCGUGUAAAGCCACUCUGGAAAGGGAGACCUCGGACUUUGAGGCCUUCAUGCUCUGUUCUGCUGGUUGAAUAGAUCUGCCUGGACUGUGCUUUCCUUGUGAGAAAUUGUCCCCAAUAAAAUGUCUGGCCCUGG